GCUUACGGACAGCGACUGUAUGCGCCCCGAAUCGCGCUGCGCCAGUCCGUUCUGGACGGACCCGCCUUCUAGCAAUGGCAUUGCCCUCGGUCGCAUCGCUUCGCCGCCAUCGGGCAGCAGCAGCGGCGGUGGCGGCACGCUCGGGCGCAUCGCCUCGCUCCGUCGAUCCGUGCAGCUCUCGCGCACCGAGCCGCCGCCUGAGCCGUCAUGUCUGCCACUCGACGCCGAUCCCUUCGCACGUCCUACAUCCGCCCUCUCGCAGCGCAGCGACCGUGCCUCGAGUCGCCCCGCCUCUUCCCUCUCGACGCACAGUGCCGUCGGCGCUCAGCUUCUGCUCAACAAGCUGCCGAGCGCGCCUCGUCCGCGUCUUCUCUCUGCCACUGCAGAGCUCAACGAGACAGCUGGCCUUUGCACUCCGCCACGCGAUGCCCCACGGUCUGCGCACUCGCCGCACGAGCAGUCGCAGUUGCACGUCGCGCAGCCUCUGCCGAGUCGUUUCAGCCAGAGCCCGGCAAGCCGCAGGGGCGGUGGCGUCGAUGCGCUGCGCAAACUGGCGCGCAUGCGCAAGGGCAGUACGCAGGUGCCACGCAAGGGGAGUACGGUGCCGACUGCGGACACGAGUGGCGGCUCCCUCGCUGUUCCAGGCGCUGCCGCCUCGCCACCUCGUCGCGGAGCCAUCAGCGGUGGAUUGCGCACGAUGCGCUCUGCAGCGUCGAUCGGCAAUCUGCGCAAGCUGCUGCCCAAGUCCUCUCGUGCGCAACUCGUGCCGCCGCUUCCAACCUCGAGCGACACCACUGCCGGCGCAGACGAGACGUCGCCGCGUCCUUCGGGCUCAAUGCGAUGGCCGCGUCGUCGGCAGGCGAGCACCGCCACGAUUGUCAGCGGCGGCAGUGCCGCAAGCGUCUCCUUUCCUUCUGCUCGCGACGCCGACGUCGACAUCGACGAUUCUCCGCCCUCUUCGCCUCCUCUUCCCCUCAACAAGCCGCUCCCCGCCACUCCCUCUCGUCGUCGUCGCACCAGUAGCGCCGCUCGCACGCCAGGAGGCCGUCGUCGCGUCAUCUCCGCCGCCCGAGCCAUUCCAGUCUCUCCGCCUCGCGGCUCGACACGCGCUGCGCCCGUUCCUCGACGACUACAUCUCCUCUCUCACCGUGCUUUGCUGCCUGGCAACGCACCGAGGAAAGAUGUGGCCAUUCGAGAUAGCUGGCUCGACGUGUUGGGCACUGGCAUUGACGCGUGGGCUCUCGCAGCGGCGCCGAACGGCAGAGCACUCGAGGAGCCGCCGACGGAGGCACCGCCGUCGAGGGCGGCGUGGUGGAAUCGCAGCUUGCGCAUCGGCCGGCAGAAGCAGCUCAUCACGGUGUCCAAUGCAGCGGAAGGGCCGGAAGCAGAGCAGACAAGUGCGACGGCAUGGUUCGCCACGCUCCCAACGCUGGCUGGACGACGGAGCGAGGACCUGCUGCGGCAGACUGGACGCACACAGCCCGUGCCGAGAGCGUCGCGCAGCAUCGACUUGCUCCGGGCCGCGCCAGGCACCUCGAGCAUCCACGUACGCCCCGCCAUUCCCAGCUGGGACGUGCUUGGCCCUGCGCCUGUGCCCGUGGCAAGCGACUGGGUCUCCACUCGCAGUGCCUCGGCGCGUGCACAGCUCAGCGAGCGUCGCGCAGCCGCGACGCGUGCCAUGUCUGCCUCUCCGCCGCCCGGAGACGACAAGCCUUGGCUCCGGCCGCUGCGCCUUGGCGAUACGAGCCUCGAAGGGCCGAGGAGCGCGACAAUUGAGGGCCCGAAGCGCGUGCUUGACGGCGGACCGAGGAGUGCGCCGCUACUGCAGAGAGACGUACGUAGUCCGACGCCGACGCAGCGAGACUUGCGCAGUCCGACGCCCACGCAGGCCGGGCCUCCUCAAACAGCACCUCCUACAGCGCCACUGCAGCGCGCUCCGGCCGUCCCGGCGCUCGUGCAAACAGCCGCAUCGCCCUCCUCGAGUCUGCGCGCUCAGUCACCGCUCGACAAGAACGCGGCCAUGCUCCUUCUUCAUUCGUUGCCUAUUCCUCCUCGUGCGAGGCGUAGUCGCGCAAGCACGGUCAGCUCGUGCGAUAGCCAAGAGCUGAACGUGCUGCGCGGCGAGCAGCGGCACGAGAGGAACGACACGGUGGCAAGUGUGCAGACGGUGUCGUCGUCAAUUUUGUAUGUCGCAGAGGAGUCGAUGGCGUCGGCGCCGCCUUCGGACCCGCCGCAGGAACCACUGCCGACGCCGCCGAACUCGGCGGCGUUCACCAUCAAGCCGGACCGCGAGUGGCCCGACACUCACAGCUGGGAGGACAUCCGUGCGGACCGCGGCGUGACGCCGUGCGACUGGGACGACCUUGGCGAGCGCACGAGCAGUGCACGCGAUACAUCAUCGAGCCUGGCGAGCGAGGCGACCGAGCUGCUCUCCUCGCUGCUCGACAGCUUUGGCGAGGCGUCGCCUGCGCGUGACGACGUCUACUUGCGGCCACACUGGCACGACGGCGACUCUGCGCGACGCUCCAGCACCACCGGCGAGAGUAUCCUCAGCUACACUUCGACGCUGAGCUCUGGCGCAAGUGAUGGCGCAGAUCUGCAGAGUCUCAUCGACGGGCUCAUGGACGAGUCGGACGACGACGACGACAAUGAGCGCGGCAGUGCCUCAUCCGGCUUCACCUGGCCUCCGCGGCCCUCGCACGCGGACUCCAGCCUGGCGCCCGUGCCUACGCCCUCGAUUCGUCUGUCGCCGGCCGACGGCAGCGACUCGCUUGAUGUCGAUGACGCGGCCGUGGCGUUCGACAUGGUGUCUACUCCCGGCACGCCGAGCGGCGUGCAAGAAUCUCCGUGCCCGCCAAGCCGUGUGCGCAUGGGAGGAGGACGGGCGGUGAGGCCGCGCGUGAGCGAUUUGGACCUCACCAAGCGGGUCAACGGCGCCUCUGCGGCCGCACCGUCGACGACCUCUGCGGCACUCCCUCCGAGCGUGGUCCCGCCGAGCAUGCCCCGGCACGUCGACUUGCGCGUCGGCUUUGCGCACGUCCCUCCGCCCAGCUUCAGCCCGGAGCUGCUGCACGAGCUCGGCUUGGGGCCGACCGCGCCCGACACGCCGUGCGCCACGCCGACGCACAAGCGCAUGCCGUCCGCCCCGCUCGACCUUGCCGCGAUGCUUGACGAGUACACGCCGCCGCAGAGCGUGUCGACGAGCGCCAAGCACGGCAAGAGCAUGGCUGCGCAUACACGCACAUCGUCGGAGCCGUGCGUGUUCCGCGACACGCCGGCAAUCAUUGUGCGGCCGAGCGACUCGGACGUCGAGAGCGAGUGCGGCAGUGUUUCUGGCGCCUCGCACGGCAGUCCCUCUUGCGCGUCGUACAGAGACUCGAUGACCUCCAGCAGACGAUCGAUGGCCUCUGGUCGGAACUCGAUGGCUUCGUGCGGCAGCGCAUCACUCCUGUCGUGCGGCGACAGUCCCGGCGUCAUUGCGACUGCGCGAGUCGUCGCCAGCAGAAUCUCGGCGGCUCCGGCACCCGCCUCGCUCUUGCACGGCCGUGAAGUACACGCGGGACGCUUCUCGCAGGGCGUGCAGUGCGCCACGCAAGCACCAGUCAUUGAGCCGCCUGGCUCGCCUCCGAGUGAGGCGUCAAGCGUGCAUCGAGUCUCACCGCCGAGCGUUCACUUUGCGCCGGCACCCAGUCAGUGCGCUUCACCGCCGAGCCUCAGCUUCGCCUCGGCUACGGGCGAAUCGUUUGCCUCACCACCAAGCGCAGCCCCUCUGCACUAUGCUUCACCCGUGUCCUCGCCAGCAAGCUCAACGCGCCGCGACUCGUUUUGGUCGACGGGCGAGGGGCACAAUACGUCGAUGUCGAGCGUGUGGUCGCCCGACGACGCGCGGCGGCAAAGCGGGACAUACACGGGCAAGCUGCUGCCUGUCGCCGAGAUUCCCGAGGCGAGGAUCGGCACCUGCGAAGACAUGCACGAGGAUCCGCUCGAUGAGGCGCUCGAGAAGCGACGCGCCAGCAUCGGCAGCCUGUCCGUGGACGAGGCCGAGGCGCUCGAGCAGCAGCUGCGCUUCGAGGAGCAGGCGCUCACGGCGGUCCUGCACAGCCGGCAGACGUGGACGGGCGGGAGCCUGUGCGAGUACCUGCUGUCUGGUGAGCGACCCGCACGACACUAGCCAACACUGCAGGCCCCACUGGCACGUCGCAUCUUCCUUCCGAACUUGCGGCAGCGCUGACGCCCUCGCCUCCCAGUCUUUCAGCCGCCGCGCGAGCUCGAGCAG